UCUGUCACUCCCCCUCUCACGCUCUGUUAAUUUUUAGCAUGAGAAAAGGAGGAGUUCGUUUAUUUUAAAAGCAACAUUUAGAACAGCAGCAAACAUCAUUCCUUUCAAAACCAAACCCUGAACUUUUAUCCGUUUAGGUUUACCAGAAGGGACACGAAUGCAUUAGGCUUCUUCAUCCACAUGUUAACAAACCGCAACCCAGUAAUGGACAUUUAGAACAUGUCUGGGAGGCGGUCACACUAUAAGUGGGCUGUUUAUCAUUCAGAAAAUUAAAACAAAGGAAGAAAUUCAUAAAGUGAGAGAACUUGCACAUUUUCUUGUGGAUUUAACCUCAGUAUAAAGAUUAAAGAAACAAACCACUGUUUCAGCAUGAGCACCAUGGAGCCCAGCCUGAGUAUUGACUACAUGGACAACAUCACCCUCAACGUGACCCCCAGUGACAUUAACAUGACAGGCAUUGCCCAGAUCAUGAUUCCUCAGGAACUGUUCCUAAUGCUAGGCUUAAUAAGCCUGGUGGAGAACAUUCUGGUUAUUGCAGCCAUCAUUAAGAACAGAAACCUGCAUUCUCCCAUGUAUUAUUUCAUCUGCUGCCUUGCCGUGUCUGACAUGCUGGUUAGCGUAAGCAACGUGGUGGAGACGUUGUUCAUGCUUCUCACAGACCACGGGCUUCUGAGCGUCACGACAAGGAUGCUGCGCCACCUGGACAACGUCAUUGACAUCAUGAUCUGCAGCUCUGUGGUUUCCUCGCUGUCCUUCCUGUGCACCAUCGCGGCAGAUCGCUACAUCACCAUCUUCUACGCCCUGCGCUACCACAGCAUCAUGACCACCCAGCGUGCCGUCACCAUCAUCACCAUCGUUUGGCUGACCAGCAUCACCUCCAGCUCGCUGUUCAUCAUCUACCACACCGACAACGCCGUCAUCGCCUGCCUUGUGGCCUUCUUCGGCGUCACGCUGGUUUUUACGGCCGUCCUUUAUCUGCACAUGUUCAUCCUGGCGCACGUGCACUCCAAACGCAUCAUGGCGCUCGACAAAAACCGGCGCCAGGCCACCAGCAUGAAAGGCGCCAUCACGCUAACCAUCCUGUUGGGGGUUUUUAUCAUUUGCUGGGGUCCGUUCUUUUUGCAUCUGAUCCUAAUCCUGACGUGUCCAACAAACCCUUAUUGCAAGUGCUACUUCAGUCAUUUCAACCUCUUCUUAAUCCUCAUUAUAUGCAACUCUCUAAUCGACCCAUUGAUUUACGCCUACCGGAGUCAAGAACUGCGCAAGACACUUAAGGAGAUCGUGUUGUGCUCUUGGUGUUUUGUUAUGUAAGAUUUAUCGAGACAAAAGAGUAGAACUGUGUACAGUUUACGCCCGUAAAGGCCGCGAGCAUGCCGGAGAGAUGCCUGACUCUUACAUUUAAAUACAGCUUAAUUGGAUCAUUAUUUAUAUAUUUGAAAAAAGACUAAAAUUAUGCAAACUGAAGUGGAGGAAAAACUCUGCUUGUCUUAUUACAGAACUUAGUGUUGAAUUUGAAUAACAAACCAAAUGCUGGAUUCUUAUUGAACAUUGUCUUUGAUUAAGGGUGAUUUUAAAAUCCAGUUCGUCUGCAGGGACUUUUGAUGUUGUCCGUAUAACACUAUACAUAAUGCUCAAAUAAACCCCUUCUUAUUCUUUUCCUGACACUUCAGCUGAGAUUUAUUUGGAUUUUUUUUUUUUUUUCUUGCAAAAAAAUUCAGAUUUGUAUGUUGAGAAAAGAAUCGAACAAAUGGAGAUUUCACUUCAGUAAAAACUGUAUUCAGGCUUGUAUUCGGUUUAAAAUGUUUAUUAAGAUGAUGCCUUGUUACUUGUGAGGAAAAUGUAUUAUAAUCAUCAAGCGAUUGUGUAUGAGGGAAUCCUUUAUGAGCCUUUAAAGCAAGUGGGUCAGGAUCGGCUUGUAAAAAGACUUUUUUUAUAAAGAAGCAGUUAUUGAGUCUGAAACAGGUAUUUUUGUUUUAGUAUUUCUUAUAAACUUUUACUACAUUAACAAAGUAUUAAUUAAUUUAUGAAUUUUUUCCAGAACUUCUCCGGUACUAACACAUCACCAACUCCAAUCUUUCUUUCCCUCACACACACA